CCAUAUGUGCUUUAGGCCUUCUGGUUUGACUAGCAGAGCUGCCACGUGAAAGCUGCAAUGCAGCUCGUUGGUUAUCUACGUGACCCAUUUUUCCAGUUCGUCCUUUCCUGGCAUCCAAACAACCCCCGAACGCUCGAAAGUCGAAACAGGAAAAAAAGAUCCAUAUUCGAAGAAAAUGGCGAAAACCCCAAUGUCUCUCACGGCAAUUCUCACCCUUUUCCUUCUCCUAUCAACACUCGCCGCAUCAUCCCCCACAACCACCACCGACGAUGCGCAGUCCGCGUACAAGGCCCUCCAAGACUUCAACUUCCCCGUUGGUCUGCUCCCCAAAGGUGCCUUGGGCUACGAGCUGGACCGAUCCAACGGCAAAUUCAGCGCAUUUCUGAACGGUUCUUGCAGUUUCUCCCUCGAGGGCUCAUACGACUUGAAAUACAAGUCCACCAUUAGCGGCUACAUCUCCGAGAACAGGCUCACCAACUUGAGCGGUAUCAGCGUCAAGGUCUUGUUCUUUUGGCUGAAUAUCGUGGAGGUGGUUAGGGACGGGGACCAGCUCAAGUUCUCUGUGGGUAUUGCAUCGGCUUCUUUUCCUAUCGAUAGUUUCUAUGAUUCCCCGCAGUGUGGGUGUGGAUUCGAUUGCGAUAAUGGCCAAGUAAGGAAAUUUAAAUUCAAUCCUUUUGUAUCUUCUAUGUAAUCGGAAUUUUGAACUCUUAUCAUUUUUUUUUUUUUUUUGGUGGUAUUUGGAUGGUGGGUUAUAUUUCACAAGAGAUUAAUGGCAAUAGGUUUCGGUUAUCUUUCGCACAUGAUGAAUUCUGGAACAAAGUCUUUUGUUUUACUGAGGUUUGAUUAUUUAA